GAAAGAGAGAGAGAGAGAGAUUGUUGCAGUUGCAUCACAUGGCGGUGGCGAAAGGAAAAGAGAAAGAUGAUGAGGUUGUUCAAAACAGUGGGAAGAGGCUGAAAUGUAUGAGGAAUGAACAAGAGGGUGUUGAAGCAGAAGAAGACAUGGCAGGAGAAGAGGAAACUGAGCUUCCCAUGAAGCCAGGGAUGUUCUUCUAUCCAACCACAGCAACCUCCUUUGUUGUUUCAGAUGCCCUUGAACCCGACUUCCCCAUCAUCUAUGUCAAUAAGGUCUUUGAACUCUUCACUGGCUAUCGUGCUGACGAGGCCCUCGGUCGCAACUGUCGGUUCUUACAAUAUAGGGAUCCUCGAGCUCAGAGGCGGCACCCUUUGGUGGAUCCUGUUGUUGUGUCCGAGAUUAGAAGAUGUCUUGAGGAAGGUAUUGAGUUCCAAGGCGAACUUCUGAAUUUCAGGAAGGAUGGUACUCCUUUAGUGAACAGAUUGAGACUUGCACCAAUUCAUGAUGAUGAUGGAACUGUGACACACAUAAUAGGUAUCCAACUAUUUUCUGAGGCAAAUAUAGAUCUGAACCGUGUAUCAUAUCCAGUUUUCAAAGAAACUUGCAAUCAAGAUUUUGAUGAGAAAGGUAAAUAUUCUAAGAGUGGACAACCAUUCUACCGUCAGCAUCAAGAGAUGUGCGGUAUUCUUCAGCUUUCUGAUGAAGUCUUGGCUCACAACAUUUUGUCACGUUUGACACCAAGGGAUGUUGCAUCCAUUGGGUCUGUAUGCACGAGGAUCCGUCAAUUAACAAAGAAUGAGCAUGUUAGGAAGAUGGUAUGUCAAAAUGCAUGGGGCAAAGAAGUGACAGGUACAUUGGAACUGAUGACCAAGAAGUUGGGAUGGGGUCGUCUGACUAGGGAGCUUACGACUCUCGAGGCUGUUUGUUGGAGAAAAAUGACAGUUGGAGGUGCAGUGGAGCCAUCACGCUGCAAUUUCAGCGCUUGUGCUGCUGGAAAUCGGCUUGUAUUAUUUGGAGGCGAGGGAGUGGAUAUGCAACCAAUGGAUGACACUUUUGUUCUAAACCUUGAUUCUAAAAAUCCAGAAUGGCGAAGGAUUAGCGUGAAAUCAUCCCCACCUGGAAGGUGGGGCCACACUCUCUCAUGCUUAAAUGGUUCUUGGUUGGUGGUUUUUGGUGGAUGUGGUAGGCAAGGAUUGCUCAAUGAUGUGUUUGUGCUUGAUUUGGAUGCUCAACAGCCAACUUGGAAGGAAGUCUUUGGUGGAGCCCCACCGCUUCCUAGAUCUUGGCACAGCUCUUGCACAAUUGAAGGUUCCAAAUUGGUUGUCUCAGGUGGGUGCACAGAUGCUGGGGUACUUCUUAGUGACACAUAUUUACUGGACCUCACAACAGAUAAUCCAACAUGGAGAGAAAUUCCAACUUCAUGGCCUUCACGGUUGGGGCAUUCACUCUCGGUCUAUGGGAGGACAAAAAUUCUAAUGUUUGGAGGACUUGCCAAGAGUGGACACUUAAGAUUACGAUCAGGUGAGGCUUAUACAAUUGAUUUAGAAGAUGAACAACCACAAUGGAGGCAAGUAGAAUAUAGUGCAUUCACGGGAUUAGCAAGUCAAAGUGCUGUUGUUCCUCCUCCUAGACUAGAUCAUGUUGCUGUCAGCAUGCCUUGUGGGAGGAUAAUUAUAUUUGGAGGUUCCAUUGCAGGUCUUCACUCACCAUCUCAGCUCUUUCUCUUGGACCCUUCUGAAGAGAAACCAUCCUGGAGGAUCCUCAAUGUUCCAGGGUCACCACCUAAAUUUGCUUGGGGUCAUAGCACUUGUGUGGUUGGAGGGACUAGGGUCUUGGUAUUGGGUGGACAUACUGGAGAGGAAUGGAUACUCAAUGAGUUGCAUGAGUUAUGCUUGGCAAGCAGACAGGACUCUGACCUGUGAAUUGUGCUCUCAAGACAAGAUUUUGGUUACAAAUAUGGUUUUCGUUAGGUUUCUUUUCUUUUGGUUUUGUUUGUGAACUAUUUUAUGAAUGUUGUAUGACGUGUAUUACCACUCUUUUGUAAUGA